CAUGUCGGAGCGGAGUCCCAGCAGCGCGCGGAUGAGAGAAUGAUUGCGGCCCUCGGCGCCGACGGAUCUCUCUGAUAAACCCGCACACUUACAUCCAGAGAGAGCGACGAUGUCCGAGCUGUGGAGGCUGUCUCUGUGCCUGUCCGGAGCGCUGUUCGUGACCUCUCUUUCCCUGGCGGUGCCGAGCUCCUCAUCAGUCAGUCAUCAGAUGUCUCCUGAUCUCAUCCAUCCUCCGCGAAUCAGGAGCAAAGCACAGAGACACAGACACCAGGCCAACUCCACUCGGACACAGAUAGAUUUAAAAGGGCCCAACGUUUGCGGCGCCAGGUGCUGUUAUUCAUGGCUGGUCAAUCCCAAAACCAAACAAUGCACAAAACCAAGAUGUCAUCCGCGAUGCCAUAAUAAAGCAGUUUGUGGCCGGCUGAACGUCUGUCAGUGUCGCCCGGGCUUCCACGGCCAUCGCUGCGAACACGCCAACAUCACGCCGACCGCGAGCACCUGGUUCGAAGCACAUCCUGGUCCCACGGCGCCCCCAACUGCCUCCGCCGCAACGGUUACUAUGGCAACGGCCGCAUUCACCUCCAUCCCCAGCAGCAUCUCCGCAUCCGCCUCCAGUGAUGCCCGUUCAGAUACAAGAAAGACACACUCCUUACGCUGGCAGCCACCCAGUUUUAAAGAGUCUCAGUCGGUCCUGUUAAAAAAAGCUCUGUCCAGUGGAACCGGUGGAGAGAAGAUCACAAGCGUUAUACUGAAAUACAUUGAAGCGCAGCGAAAAAGACCGGAGUCUUCGUCCUCUGCAGGAACGGCAAAGAUAUCCAGCACCAAAACCUUCCACACUCAACGCGGCCAGUUCACCCUCAUCUACACCCCAGCCGAGGCUCAGCAGCAGCGCUCCGGAGCCGUCCGCGGGGGUUCGGAGCGGAUCAAAGUGCUCUUCACUCCCACCAUCUGCAGGCUGCGCUGCACGCAGGGACGCUGCACCAACUACUGCGAGCGAGGGAACGUCACCACCAUCUACAACAGUGAGCAGGGAGCACAGACGCAGACCGGGUCCGGCUUCAGAGUGUUCGUGUGUCCGAUGCUGUGUAAGAACGGAGGAGUGUGUGUACAGAAGGACCAGUGUCUCUGCCCGCCCAACUUCACCGGGAAGUUCUGCCACAUCCCCGUCUCCGCCGCCGCCUCCACCAAUGACAUCGAGAAACCGGCGAGCGGCGCCGUGGAUGCUGCCAAUCAGCCCAUGACGUCCGAGUACAUCCUGCCUCUGCAGACGCCCGAGCAGAUCAGCACCAACGUGUCCCCGAUGGUGAAGGUACGAGUCCAGCACCCUCCAGAGGCCAGUGUGAAGAUCCACCAGGUCCUGAAGGUGGGCUACGGCCCCACCGUCCACGAGCACUCAGAAACCGUGACCUGGUCCGCGGGGCUCUCGGGGGCCCGUUCUCACCAGCUGCCGGGAGAGAGAGCCGAGGCUCCGCCCCCCAGGGUUCAAGCUCAGACCAUCCGGGGGGAUUCGGUCUACACCGAGACGUCCGGCUUCAAAUACUGCUUCAGAGAAGUGCGCAACGGACAGUGCAGCUCUCCGUUACCUGGUCUGAGGAGUCAGGAGAUGUGCUGCCGAGGUGUGGGGAAGGCCUGGGGCAUCAACGAGUGCACGCUUUGCCCCGCCGUCUUAGGAAACACCGUUAAUGGCCAGGGAAGCUGCCCGAAAGGCUUCGAGAGGGUCAACGGGACGCAGUGCGCGGAUAUUAACGAGUGUUUGCAGCCGGGUUUCUGUGAAAACGGGAACUGUGUUAACACCCGAGGGAGCUACAGUUGUGUCUGCAAAGAGGGCUACUUAUUGGACGCCUCUCAUGGGAUCUGCAUCUCGCAGAAGGUGAUCUCUUCGGAGAAGGACCAGUGUUUCCGUGUCCUGAUCCAGAGCUCUUGUUCUCUGCCCAUCCUGAGGAACAUCACCAAACAGAUCUGCUGCUGCAGUCGAGUGGGCAAAGCCUGGGGGAAGAAGUGUGAGCUAUGCCCGUACUUCGGCUCAGCCGCCUUCAAAGAGAUCUGUCCUGCUGGACCUGGUUACCACUAUUCUGCUUCAGCGGUCAAGUUUAACCAGAGGAUAGUAGAGAUGCUUGACACCGGCGGACCACCUCUGGUGUCCGGAAAUGUCCAUGCAUCCACCCAAGACAUAGCAUCCCAACCAGACGGCUCCAGGACUCACCUCACAAUCUCCCAGCAAGCAGCGUAUCCACCGCCCAACACACAGACCAUCCGAGUCCAGCAGAGUCCAGCGAGGCCCCAGCAGCCCGACUCGGUUAUCAUCAUAACUCAACCGAAACCGAACCUGGCGACGAGCGGCGCGACCAGCCAGCCGUCCAGAGUGAACACACCUGCGGUGCGGACGCAAACCAGCCGGCCUUCGGUUAACAGACAGCCCAUAUCUCCCAUCCGACCUCCUCUGGUGCUCGCUACUGCCCGGCCACCUCCAACUAGACAAGAUGCCCGAGUGUGUGAAUCGAGACCUCAGGCGUGUGGUCCGGGCCGCUGUCUGGACCUGCCGGGCGGUCGACACACAUGUGUGUGUAACACUGGAUACAUCCUUAACGCCCAGCAAGGCCACUGCCAAGACAUAAACGAGUGUGUUCUGACGCCGCGGCCGUGUUCAGCGGGUCAGUGUGAGAACACAGCGGGCAGCUUCCGGUGCGUCUGUCCAGCAGGAUACCACACCAACUCCCAGCAGACCCUGUGUGUCGACACGGACGAGUGCCGCCAGGUGCCCAGCCCCUGCGUGAACGGCCGCUGUGAAAACACCCUGGGCGGCUUCAAGUGUUUGUGCAGGACUGGCUACAAGCUACAGGACAACAGCUGCACAGACGUAGAUGAGUGUGUUGACCCUCUGCGCUGUCCGGGUCAGGAGUGUGUGAACUCUCAGGGCUCUUACAGGUGUGUGUCCUGUAGGCCUGGCUUCGAUCUGCUCAACGGACAAUGCUCAGAUAUUGAUGAAUGUCGUCGGACACCGUCUCCCUGUCUGUCCGCGGGCCGCUGUGAAAACACCCCGGGCAGCUACAGAUGCUUGUGUCGAACGGGAUACAGAUUCCAGGCCAACGCCUGCGUGGAUGUGAAUGAGUGUGAAGAUCCGCUGCAGUGUCCCGGGCAGGAGUGUGUGAACUCUCAGGGAUCGUAUCGCUGCGUGUCCUGCAGACCCGGGUUCGGUCUUAAGAACGGAGCGUGUUCAGAUAUCGACGAAUGCCGCCAGACGCCGGCUGUUUGUGCUAACGGACUGUGUGAAAACACACUCGGCAGCUUCAGGUGUGUGUGCAGGACCGGCUACAGGCUGCAGGGCGGCUCCUGCGCAGAUGUGAAUGAGUGUGAAGAUCCGCUGCAGUGUCCCGGGCAGGAGUGUGUGAACUCUCAGGGAUCGUAUCGCUGCGUGUCCUGCAGACCCGGGUUCGGUCUUAAGAACGGAGCGUGUUCAGAUGUCGACGAGUGCCGCCAGACUCCGGAGGUGUGUGUUAACGGCCGCUGUGAGAACAACAUGGGCAGCUACAGCUGUGUGUGUCGCCCUGGGUUCAGACUCGAGGGAAACGUCUGCAAAGAUGUGAACGAGUGUGAAAACGAGCUUCAGUGUCCAGGUAAAGAGUGUGUGAACUCAAUCGGCUCCUUCAAGUGUGUCUCCUGUCAGCCGGGCUUCGAGGUUCUUGACGGACAGUGCCAAGAUAUAGAUGAAUGUAGACAAAACCCCACGCGCUGCACCAAUGGCCAAUGCAUGAACACUCCCGGCAGCUUCAGAUGUGUGUGUGAUCUGGGCUUCAAUCUACAGGACGGCACAUGCACGGACAUUGACGAGUGUCUGGACGCGCUGCAGUGUCCCGCUCAGCAGUGUCUCAAUUCUCCAGGAUCAUAUCAGUGUGUUCCCUGCAGAGACGGACACAGCAUGCAGAACGGACGCUGCUCAGACAUCGAUGAGUGUGUGAGUGCUGACAUGUGCGGGCCGCAGAGUGUGUGUGUGAACACGGACGGCUCGUACCGCUGCGACUGCUCACCGGGCUUCAGAGCGGCCGGACCCCGGCGACAGUGCAGAGACGUUAACGAGUGUCUGGAAGGAGAUUUCUGCUUCCCGAGCGGAGAGUGUGUGAACACGGACGGAUCGUAUAAGUGUGUGUGCGCGCAGGGCUACAGGAGCGCGGCGAACGGGACGUCCUGCCAAGAUGUGGACGAGUGUGUUCAGGAGGGUGUCUGUCAGGAUGGACACUGCAGUAACACUGAGGGAUCUUUCUUGUGCCACUGCCAAACCGGCUUCACCACCAACCCAGAGAGAACCGCCUGCCUGGAUGUGAACGAGUGUCUGGACUCAGAGGGGCUGGUCUGUGGAUCCCAGCGCUGUGAAAACACCAUCGGCUCGUUCCGCUGCGUGGCGUCCUGCGAGCCCGGAUACCACAUCACCAGCUCCGGAGAGUGUGUGGACAUUAACGAGUGUGCUAACGAGACGGUGUGUGGACACCACGCCUUCUGCCAGAAUCUGAUCGGCACGUAUCAGUGUCUGUGUGACCAGGGCUACGAGUCCCCCGGCGACGGACAGAUGUGUGUGGACAUUAACGAGUGUGAGACGAUGCAGGGUGUGUGUGGCUCCGCGCGCUGCUGGAACGUCGAGGGCUCGUUCACGUGCGAGUGUGAGAACGGACAGGAGGAGUUUGACCCGCUCGCCGGACAGUGUGUGAGCAGAGAGAGCGCAGGUGCGCAGCAGCCGUCUGCCGGAAGCUUCUCUUCCUCGUCGGGAUCGUCCGGCUCUCUGCUGCAGACCCGGCCUGGAGAAACCAGAGAGUGUUACUACGGAGUCUCACAGCCGUACUCCUGCAAGAUACUGGCCCACAACACCACGCUGCAGGAGUGCUGCUGCACAGCGGGCCAGGCCUGGGGCCUCAUGUGUCAGUACGACAUCUGUCCUGAGACGGGAACAGCUGAAUUCCAGGCUCUGUGUCCGAGCGGAAGAGGGUACGUCACCACCGAGUCAGGAGUGUUCAGCUACAAGGAUGUGGACGAGUGCAAGCGGUUUGCCCCGGAGAUGUGUGAAGGCGGUGUGUGUGUCAACAACAUUCCCGGCUACACCUGCUACUGUACCAGCGGCUUCUACUACGACACGCAUCUGCUGAAGUGCAUCGAUAAUAAUGAGUGUGAGAGUGAGGAGACCUGCUCUGGCGGUCAGUGUGUCAAUACACUGGGGACGUUUUACUGUACGUGUGAGCCCCCUCUAGUGCUGGACGACACGCAGCGCAACUGUGUCAACGCAAGCGGCCUCGCUGAGGAUGAGAACUUGAAUUUCUGUUGGCGUCACGUCACGGCUAGUCUGGUGUGUCAGAGUCCUCUGUUAGGAUCUCAGCUGACCUUCACUGAGUGCUGCUGUUUGUAUGGAGACGCCUGGGGUCUGCAGUGUGCCCUCUGCCCCCUCAAAGAUGAAGAGGCCUAUGAGGCUCUGUGCAAUGAGUUCGGUCCUCCUCCUUACUCUCCUCGUUACUACGACGAGCGCUUCGGGCCCGGGCCCCUGCCUGGAAGAGGAGGGUACCGGCCGCCGUACAGCCCCCCAGAGUACCCCGCGGCCCUGCCGGGACGCCCCGACUACAUAUCCCCCGACUACGACGACUACAGCUCUGUGACAGGAGGAGGACGGCGAUCCGGGCUGAGAGGCAGACCGCCCGGCUCCUACGGGCUCCCAGACGGCCCCUACAGGCAGCCGGCCCCGGGCGGAGGUCGUUACUAUGAGGAGGAGGAGGAUUACGAAACGGCCCCUGGCCCUCCCUUCGGUAUCCCGGAUCCUCGCGGUGAGCAGACGUUUGAUGCACGACCCCUGCCGUCCCGUCCGAACGGGGCCCCGCUCAGCUUGGCUCCCCUUCCGGAAAACUCCCCGUACAGCGAGGGGGAGGAGUCAUGGAGAGCCCCGCCCCCAUUCCCAAUGUUUCCUGACAGACGGGAGGGACCACGACGAGUCUACGAGCGGAGAUACGAGUCAUACGGCAGCCUGAGUUCAGAAGAGUGUGGCAUCGUCCACGGCUGCGACAACGGCCGCUGUAUUCGCGUGGAGGAAGGCUACACGUGCGACUGCUACGACGGCUAUCAGCUGGACAUCGCUAGCAUGACGUGCGCAGAUGUGGACGAGUGUGACGACGAAGACACGCUGGACUGCGUCAACGCUCGCUGCGUGAACACCGAGGGCUCGUACAGGUGUGUGUGUCUCAGGGGCUUCAUCCUGUCCCGGACACCCAACCACUGCAUCCCAGCUUGAUCGAGGACUGCCUUCAGAGACUCGCUGAUCAUCUCCACCACGUUGCUGUAAAUUGUUGAUUUCGUGACGAUACUGUGUGUAUCCAAAAGUCCGAUACUGAAGCUUUACGUGCCGUUGUAAUCGCUCGGGCCUCGAUGUAUAAUGCAUUAUAAAAGUAUUUUCGAUGCAUGUUGUAAUGCAUUAUAGCUUCACAUAAAUAAUCGUAACCAAAGUCGAAAUGCAUUGUAAUAUCUGAAGGUUUGUUUUUCAUGCGUUAUACUUUCUAAAAGGUGUGUUCAGUGAAUAGUUACAUGAUGAUGCAUUUUAAUGGGAUGCAUUACGAGCUGCGUUAUAAGACACAAAUUCUAGCCGUAUCUUAUUUUUAUAAUGCAUUAUAUAUAAGAACAAACGCUGAGUAGUGAUUAGUUAAAUCAAAAAAAUUCAUAAAAAAGUUUCAGUGGAUGUAAUAUAUGUGUUCAUAUUUAUAUAUAAAUACACACGCAUGCAUGUAUAUAUUUAGGAAAAAUACGUUAUAUAUUUAUAUAUAAAUUAUAUGAAUAUAGACAUACUUUAAAAUAUAUACUGUAUGCUGU